AUGAGAGCAGUGAAAAUUGCAACCCCCUUAAAUAUGCAAAUCAAAAUGGAAAACUAUCAACAAAAGAAAGGGGUUUCUCAAACUGCAAACUUUAUAAGGGAAUGCUCGAAAGAAGCAGCGAAAUUGAAUCUUGGUAAAAUUUCUCUUUCCAUAAUUCCUUGCAGACAACAAUGUACAACAAGUGGAAUGAGAUGGAGGAAAGAGCAGAGAGACAAGGAGUUCAUCAACAACAUCUGCAUUACAUUGACGCAGAGAAGCCCCUCAAUAUGGGAUUCAGUAUUUCACGAAAUCAAUUUGGUCUCUCAGUUAACCCCGGAGCUUGUAGCUCAAGUUCUUCUAAAGAUUCGAAGGGAUGCAGAAGCUUCGUUCUACUUCUUCAACUGGGUAGGGAAGCAAAAGGGUUUUAAGCAUACCCUUCAUUCAAUUUCCAUAGCAAUUCUUACCCUCUCUUGUGCAGGGCUCUUAAACCCCGCUAAAACCCUCAUUCGCCAAAACAGCACUAAUGCUCCUGCUCUCUUUGAUGCAUUGCUCAGUGCCUGUAAAUCGAGACAACUAGUAUUUGACCUGCUGUUGGAAACCUAUUCACAGGACAAGAUGAUCCCAGAAGCUUUUAAUACAUUUUAUAGGAUGAGAGAUUGUGAAUUCAAGCCCUCAGUUAGAGCUUGCAAUGAAGUUCUGCAUACUCUAUGGACGCUAAACGUGAUCGAGGUGGCCUGGAAAUUCUAUUGGGCAAUGGUUCAAAAUGGCAUCGGAUCUGAUGAGUACACAUUUAGCAUAUUGGUGCAGAUGCUCUGUAAGGAGGGGAAAGUUGAGGAUUCUGUUCAAUUGAUAGGUGAGAUGAAAAAAAAUGGCUGCCAGCUUGAUGUCGCUCUUUAUAAUAUAGCACUGGAUGGACAUUUCAAGGAAGGGAAGGUGACAGAGGGAUUAAAAUUACUUGGACACAUGUUUAUGAAGGGAUUGAUUCCAGAUUUUGCAACUUACAGUUCAAUACUUAAUGGAUUAUGUAGAUUUAGAAGAACUGAAGAAGCAAAUCGUCUGUUUGAAGACAUGCUUCAUAAGAAUUCGGUGCCAAUAACUGAUGCUGCAACAAAGUGCAGCUCACCUGAAAAUGACAGCGAAACUCUUGGUAUUGUUCCUGAGCUUGUUACUUGCAAUGCAUUUGUAAUAGAACUUUGUAGGUUGGCAAAAAUGGAUGCAGCAGAACUGGUCUUCAAAAAAAUUCUGGAUAAGGGUUUGAUAGCAAAUGGUUCUGUUUAUAAUGCUAUGAUAGAUGGGUAUGGUAAGGAAGGAAGAAUUAAAGAAGCUCUACAAAUGCACGGUGAAAUGUUGCAAUAUAAUCUUAUGCUGAAUUCUUCUAGCUGCAAACCGAUUGUAAAUGCGCUUUGCAUAAAUGGCAAAGUGGUGGAAGCUAGGAAAAUUUUCUCUACCAUGUUGGAAAGAGGCUUUGUUGCUGAUUCUGCUGAUUAUUCUAUUUUGAUUACUGCAUACUGCAAGGAAGGCAACCUGGAGGAAGCAAACAAACUUUUCCAUGGUAUGCUUGAAAUAGGUUUGAUGCCUAGUAUUAAUACAUGCUGUACGCUGGUAAGACAAUACUGCAAGGAGGGUAGUACUGAUGAAGCUUUGUAUCUUCAUGAUAAACUGAAGGAAUAUGAGAUUUUGCUUGACAUAGUUACUUAUAAUGCUCUCCUACAAGAGUUGUGCCAAAAAAAGCAGAUGCAGGAAGCAGACAACAUCUUUUACUAUAUGCAAAAUAAGGGGAUGCCUCUUACCACCAUUACUUAUACAACAAUGGUACGUGGGCACUGUAAAGCAGAAAAUUUUAGAGAAGCUUUAAAGCUGCACGAUGAAAUGUUGCAGAAGGAUCUUAAGCCUGACAUUGCUACUUAUAAAGAUUUGAUAGCAGGUUUUGAUAUAUAAGGAAGGCAUUUUUGUUUUAUACAAUCAAUAAUAAAAAAAGCAUAAAGCUUAACACAUUUUUCCCAACCAGAAAUAUUUACUGCUUAUGGCAUUCAUGCAUGAGGGCAAGGCUUCUCACAAUUUCACACAAACAUUAUGUCACAGAUCUUACUGUUCUAAAUCUUCGAUGCACGGAGAACAAUCCAGUUCUGAUAUCCAAUUUCAUUUUGAUUGGAUCUGUUUGAUAUGAAGAAAUUUUGAUUUUAAAAGGGGAUUUUCAUACACUACAUUUUAAUUUAGCUUGAAAGGUAAGCAGGUCCUCUCUUUACAAAGAGAAUCAAACUUUAGACUGAAACCCUCUUCAGCUUCGUAGUGGUUAUGGACUUGUAAGGCAUCUUUUUUUUUUAUGUUCCAUGCAUGGGAAAGACAGCAGCUUCAGAUAAAUGUAUGGAUAGAAAUAAAUAAGCAGUGGUACCUUGGGAUUCACUGCAUAUGGAUAGCUGGACAUGGUCAAUGAAUUGCAAGGUUAAAAAGCAAGCCUCCAAUGUUCCUGUGUAAAAGCAACCAGUUGUGUGUGCUAGCUCGAUGCAGUUAAGGACGAUAUGUAAAACUUUCUGAGACAAUCUUUUUGAGACAUCCAUUGUAACUUACUCAUAGAUCAUACGUUCAUUACAAUGGAGAUUUCAUUGAGGAAAUACAAUUGCAAAGGUUGAAUCCACAAGUUAGUAUCCAAUAGUAUGUAACAUGAAGCUAAUCCCACCAUACUUGAAUGUUUGACCUAGCAAUUUUGGGUCUAUAGCUGACUGACCACCUGGAUUUGCAGAGAUUCUUUCUAGAAUCUUCAUUAUAGCUAUUUAGUGAGGAAACACUUUUUAGAUCACAUGGUAUUUGAUACAUAGAACAAAGAUUGGACAAAUGGCUAUAACUAAGAAAAAAUUAUAGCAAUCAGCAGAGGUCUUAAUGGAUCGACAAAAUUGUGGGUGAGAUACAUAAAGUAUACUGCACUCCUAGAAAACAAUCUAAUAGAGGCAUGUAACAAGUUGAAGAGAAGGAGAUGUAAUGGAUAUUUGCCAAGGCAAAAUCACAAUUUGGCAACAAGGCUUAAAAGUUAAA